UCCGAGACGGAGUAUCAGCACCCAUCUCCGACUCGAUCUACAACCGGCCACUCCCGAAUACGUACGCCAUAUAGAAACACAGUACCGGCUUCCCUGUUGUUGAUUCUACAAAAAAUCUCCGCGUCCCGACCCUCAUCACACAUCCAAGAAUCGACAAGCCCGCCAGCAUCGUCGCGAUGAUGAACUCGUUCUUCGGGCCGGUGGACGGGGUCCCAGGCCUCAUAAUGGCGUGGCUUCUGCUCUUGAUGCCUAUUGUGGGGUUCUUGGCGGCAAUCGCAGUGAUCCUCUGGAGCGCCUGCGGCGGCGAGCGGGCGGCGGAAGCGAACGCACCCGGGCGACGAUUGGGCCGAUUGGCCGAGGUGAUGGAGGCCAUUGAACGGGCGCAGCAGAUGAGGCCGGCCACGGUGGCGUCAGAGCCGGUGGCGCCGGCGCCGGCGGUGGAGCUGGGGUACUUCCCGUACUCGGCGGAGGGCAGGCGGGCGUCGGAGAGGCUGGUGUGCGCCAUCUGCCUGGAGGAGUUCCAGCAGGGGCAGCCGUGCAGCGAGGUGCCGGCGUGCCGGCACGUCUUCCACCGCUACUGCAUCGACGUGUGGAUGAAGAGCAAGGCCACCUGCCCGCUGUGCAGAAGGAGUGUCGUGGCCGGGUUAGAACGAGUAUCGGCUGCCGAUGACAUGGUUUAGCUUAGCGCGCAAAGAGGUUUAUAGCGGUGCUGAUAUGUUCUUUUAAGGCGGUCUCGCUAAACUUUAUUAAUCACCAAUAGUGGUGUUUACUGGUACAUAGAUUGCUUCAUACGUGAUGUCAAGUCAUACGUUCCACCACUAUAGAGAUACUCCCUCCAUUCACAAAUCAUACUUAGACAACAGUGAUUUUAAUUCGAAAUUGAGAUUCAAUUAUUUCAAAACAGACA